GUGAAAUAAUUUUCGACAGGACGAGACCGAACGAGCUCGACGAAGCUGCGACCAAAAAGCUGUCGUAUGAGGAAGCCGUGGAGCGAGCAGGUUUCGGGCGCUUCCACUGGCUGCUGCUGCUGGUGUGCGGCUGGGCCAACGCCAGCGACGCCGUGGAGAUCCUGUGCGUGUCCUUCCUGCUGCCGACGGCGCGCUGCGACCUGCGGCUGAGCUCCUCGGACAUGGGCCUGCUCACCGCCAGCAUCUUCCUCGGUCGAGAGCAGCGACAUUAAUGAAACUAGAGAAACUGCGGCGCCUGCAAAAAUGCAGCGUGAACGCUUAUUGCAGAA